AUGGGAAACUCUGCAUCUCGACAGAAAUUUAACGUGUGGGUAACCCUGGAGCGAGGCUCCUCCCUGGUGGACUCCAUCAAGCUCUCGUGCAAGGACUCCACCUGCUGCCUGAAGAGGAGGCGUACGGUCGCCUCCGUCAAGCUCCCCGUGGAAGGCUGGUCUUGCGUCGCAGGGAUUCAAGGCUGCCACGCCGAGGGUCAGCUACGUGUGCCCUUGGCGAAGCUGUGCAAGAAAGACGGCAACGCGGCCGUCAGGGUGCAAUUCGCCUCGCUUAGGAAGCCAGUCUUCACCUCUUCCAUGCCGCUGGCCUGGCUGCUGGACAACAUCAGCGGCCUACACUUCUCGCUCUUCUGUGACGACGGGCCCGCCUUCACCAGCCUCCGGUGCAACGGGAGGCGGUGUGGCGAGCCCGUCCGGGCGGUGACCCCUGCACCGCGUGCGGCCACUGACGGAGUGGCCAAGACCGAUGAGGCUGAUGCAUGGGCAGCCUUUGAAGUGACGACCCAUGAUGACUGGUCCGUGGAGGCUGAUAAUUCAUGGGCAGCCUUUGAAGCAAUGACCCGUGAUGACUGGUCCGUGGAGGCUGAUGAUUCAUGGGCAGCCCCAGACUUGGUGACCUCCGCUGCUAUGGUCGAGGCUGAUGAUUCAUGGGCAGCCUUUGAAGCAAUGACCCGUGAUGACUGGUCCGUGGAGGCUGAUGAUUCAUGGGCACCCGCCGAAUUGGUGACCGCCAUCACCGAUGAGGCUGAUGAUUCAUGGGCAGCCUUUGAAGCAAUGACCCGUGAUGACUGGUCCGUGGAGGCUGAUGAUUCAUGGGCACCCGCCGAAUUGGUGACCGCCAUCACCGAUGAGGCUGAUGAUUCAUGGGCAGCCUUUGAAGCAAUGACCCGUGAUGACUGGUCCGUGGAGGCUGAUGAUUCAUGGGCACCCGCCGAAUUGGUGACCGCCAUCACCGAUGAGGCUGAUGAUUCAUGGGCAGCCUUUGAAGCAAUGACCCGUGAUGACUGGUCCGUGGAGGCUGAUGAUCCAUGGGCACCCGCCGAAUUGGUGACCGCCAUCACCGAUGAGGCUGAUGUUCCACUGGCACUCCUUGAAGUGACGACCCGUGAUGACUCGUCUGAUGAGGGUGAUGAUCCAUGGCCAGCCUUUGAAGCAAUGACCCGUGAUGACUCGCCUGAUGAGGGUGGUGUUCCAUUGGCACUCCUUGAAGUGACGACCCGUGAUGACUCGUCUGAUGAGGGUGAUGAUCCAUGGCCAGCCUUUGAAGCAAUGACCCGUGAUGACUCGUCUGAUGAGGGUGAUGAUCCAUGGCCAGCCUUUGAAGCAAUGACCCGUGAUGACUCGUCUGAUGAGGGUGAUGUUCCAUUGGCACUCCUUGAAGUGACGACCCGUGAUGACUCGUCUGAUGAGGGUGAUGAUCCAUGGCCAGCCUUUGAAGCAAUGACCCGUGAUGACUCGCCUGAUGAGGGUGGUGUUCCAUUGGCACUCCUUGAAGUGACAACCCGUGAUGACUCGUCUGAUGAGGGUGAUGAUCCAUGGCCAGCCUUUGAAGCAAUGACCCGCGAUGACUCGUCUGAUAAGGGUGGUGUUCCAUUGGCACUCCUUGAAGUGACGACCCGUGAUGACUCGUCUGAUGAGGGUGAUGUUCCAUUGGCACUCCUUGAAGUGACGACCCGUGAUGACUCGUCUGAUGAGGGUGAUGAUCCAUGGCCAGCCUUUGAAGCAAUGACCCGUGAUGACUCGCCUGAUGAGGGUGAUGUUCCAUUGGCACUCCUUGAAGUGACGACCCGUGAUGACUCGUCUGAUGAGGGUGAUGAUCCAUGGGCAUCCGCCGAAUCGGUGACCGCCAUCACCGAUGAAGCUGAUGAUCCAUGGGAUGCCCUCGAAUUGAUAACCAGUAAUGACUGGUCUGAUGAGGCUGAUGAUCCAUGGGAUGCCCUCGAAUUGAUAACCAGUAAUGACUGGUCUGAUGAGGAUGAUGAUCCAUGGGAUGCCCUCGAAUUGAUAACCAGUAAUGACUGGUCUGAUGAGGAUGAUGAUCCAUGGGAUGCCCUCGAAUUGAUAACCAGUAAUGACUGGUCUGAUGAGGAUGAUGAUCCAUGGGAUGCCCUCGAAUUGAUAACCAGUAAUGACUGGUCUGAUGAGGCUGAGGAUCCAUGGGAUGCCCUCGAAUUGAUAACCAGUAAUGACUGGUCUGAUGAGGAUGAUGAUCCAUGGGAUGCCCUCGAAUUGAUAACCAGUAAUGACUGGUCUGAUGAGGAUGAUGAUCCAUGGGAUGCCCUCGAAUUGAUAACCAGUAAUGACUGGUCUGAUGAGGAUGAUGAUCCAUGGGAUGCCCUCGAAUUGAUAACCAGUAAUGACUGGUCUGAUGAGGAUGAUGAUCCAUGGGAUGCCCUCGAAUUGAUAACCAGUAAUGACUGGUCUGAUGAGGAUGAGGAUCCAUGGGAUGCCCUCGAAUUGAUAACCAGUAAUGACUGGUCUGAUGAGGAUGAUGAUCCAUGGGCAUCCGCCGAAUCGGUGGCCGCCAUCACCGAUGAGGAUGAUGAUCCAUGGGAUGCCCUCGAAUUGAUAACCAGUGAUGACUGGUCUGAUGAGGAUGAUGAUCCAUGGGAUGCCCUCGAAUUGAUAACCAGUGAUGACUGGUCUGAUGAGGCUGAUGCCUUCCUGGACGUCACGGCCAUCUGUGGUGUCGUUGUGUACAUUGUCUUGCUUCACUAAGCAGCCUGGUAACACACUCACCAGUGACCCCCGGCGCAGGCGCGAGCCACAUCCUGAGCCACACUCCCGGGGAGCGAGACUCCCUUUAGUGACCGUCGCUCUUAUUACACCUUCAGGGGAGGAGCUCCAGCUGUAUUUCUUAUCUUAUCAAUGAAAA